AUGCGAAUGCAGCAUAAUCUGGAACAGCAAAUACAAGCCCGUAAUCAAUCUGGUGUCACGGAAGAGGCGUUGCGCGAGUUCUCGAUGAUGUUCAAGCACUUCGACAAGGAGAAAUCUGGACGUCUGGAUCACCAACAAUUCAAGAGUUGCCUGCGAGCGCUUGGCUACGAUCUUCCGAUGGUGGAUGAGGGCCAGCCUGAGCCAGAAUUCAAUCGCAUCCUCGAUAUUGUUGAUCCAAACCGUGACGGUUACGUCACAUUACAAGAAUAUAUGGCGUUUAUGAUCAGCAAAGAAACCGAGAACAUCCAGUCAUCCGAGGAGAUCGAGAUGGCGUUCCGUGCCCUUUCCAAGGAAUUCCGUCCCUAUGUUACUGCCGAGGAGCUUUACGCGAACCUCACCACGGAACAAGCCGAGUACUGUAUCAAGAGGAUGAAGCCGUACACGGAUGCGAUUUCUGGUCGCUCAAUCCAAGGAGGUCUCGAUUACGAGCAAUUCGUUCAUGCUCUCUUCCAAAGUUAA